CCCGAGAACAUGGAAACAAGACAACAAAAAUAAAUUUGUGGACAACAAGCCAGAGUGCAUGAUGGCGGCGUCGCUGCUACGCCGGGACAAGAAAGCCACUGCCGCCCACUUGAAGGCAGACUUAAACCGGACUGACAAUAGCUCCGGAGUCCGGCAACUACAGGAGCUUCUUGACGCUGUACUGAAUCCCGAAAAACCAGCGGCGGACGGAGAAGCUCUUGACUGGUGUAAAUGUCUGAUUGCAGGAGGCGAAGGUUUCGAUGAGUUCUGCAAAACGGUGCGCUCCUAUGACAACGCGACUCUGUGCGGCUUGGUUUGGACGGCUAAUUUCGUGGCAUAUCGAUGCCGGACCUGUGGCAUCUCUCCGUGCAUGUCGUUGUGUGCUGAGUGCUUCAAUAACGGAGACCACACGGGCCAUGAUUUCAACAUGUUCCGGAGCCAGGCUGGUGGGGCCUGUGACUGUGGAGACAGUAAUGUCAUGCGAGAGAGUGGGUUUUGUCGAAGGCAUCGGUUGAGAACUGGGGAAAAUAUCCCCUUAAUUCCCAGAGACCUGCUCUUGAUGUCUGAGAUGGUUCUUCCCCGCUUUAUCCUGUGUAUCAUACAGUAUCUGAGAGAUGGAUAUGUUGAACCAGACACCUCAACUGAGAGAGAUCUACAGAAAGUCCUGCAACAGCUGGAGCCUCAGAUCUCCUUCCUUGAGGAGCUUACAAAGAUGGGAGGAGCAAUGAGGACUGUGCUGACAAAAAUCUUGACCAAUCAGCAGGCAUUCAAGGAGCUGAGCAUGGGCCAAGAGGAGAAUUUGUAUGCUAAGAAGAACUAUGACAAGUAUUUGUCAGCACUGAAGAAUUCAGGUCUGGUAUCAGUGGAGGAAAAAGGCCAGAGUGCUGCUGCUGAUGUUGGUGUUGGGGCUGAAGGAGGUGCAGGCGCGAUGGUCCUGUUAGGAAACAGCGGACCAGGGAGUCCAGACGAGCAAUGUAAAGAGGAGGAUCAAGAUGGAGGACAGUCUGUUGGUCAGAGGAAGAGGGUUAAGCUGAGUAGCAGUACCAAAGACCCUUGUAUUAUUGAAUCUCUGAAGCAUAAAUGCUUCCUGGAAGAGUUGCUGUUUUGGACAAUAAAAUACGAGUUUCCUCAGAAGAUGGUCACCUUCUUAUUAAACAUGUUGCCAGAUCAAGAUUACAAGAUCACCUUUACAAAAACAUUUGUCCAACAUUACGCUUUCAUCAUGAAAACGCUGAUGAAAAGCCACGAGUCGGAUACGAUGUCCAACCGCAUCGUGCACAUUAGUGUGCAGCUGUUCAGCAACGAGGAGCUGGCUCGACAUGUCACAGAGGAGUGUCAGCUGCUGGACAUCAUGGUCACAGUCCUCCUGUACAUGAUGGAGAGUUGCCUUAUUAAAAGUGAGCUUCAGGAUGAAGAGAACAAUCGGCAUGUUGUGGUGAACUGCAGUGAAGCACUAUUGAAGAACAACACCUACUGGCCCCUAGUUAGUGAUUUCAUUAACAUCCUCUCACACCAAAGUGUAGCGAAAAAGUUCCUGGAAGACCACUCAUUGUUGAUGCUGUGGAUGAGCUUUGUGUCGUUUUUCCAAGGUAUGAAUCUGAAUAAGCGGGAGUUGAAUGAACAUGUGGAAUUUGAGUCUCAGACGUACUAUGCAGCAUUCGCAGCAGAGCUUGAGGCCUGUGCACAACCAAUGUGGGGUCUCUUAACACACUGCAAAGUCAAAGAAACACAAGAAUACACUAAAACUGUGGUUCGAUACUGUCUGGAGACCUUGCAGAUCUGGUUUGAUGCCAUUGGCUUCAUUGACGAGCCUGCUCCGAAUCAAGUGACAUUUCACCUGCCACUCCACCGCUACUACGCCAUGUUCCUCAGUAAGGCUGUAAAAUGCCAAGGACUGGAUCUGGACAGCCUCCUUCCUGACCAAGAGAUGUUGAUGAAGAUCAUGGUGCAUCCACUCCAGAUCCAGGCGUGCCUGUCAGAAAUCCACAGCAACAUGUGGGUGAGGAAUGGACUGCAGAUUAAGGGACAGGCUAUGACUUACGUGCAGUCACACUUCUGCAACUCCAUGAUUGAUCCUGACAUCUAUCUGCUGCAGGUUUGUGCAUCAAGACUAGACCCUGACUACUUUAUCUCAAGUGUUUUUGAGAGGUUUAAAGUAGUCGACCUGUUGACCAUGGCGUCUCAGCAUCAGAAUGCCGUGUUGGACUCUGAGCAAGAGAGACCAAUGCUAGAAGGAGCGCUUACCUUUCUGGUCAUACUAACAAGCCUUCGCAUUCAUUUGGGGAUGACCGAUGAUGAGAUCCUUCGGGCUGAAAUGGUCUCUCAGUUGUGCAUGAACGAUCGUACGCACAGCGCACUCUUAGACCUUAUUCCUGAAAAUCCCAACCCAAAGAGUGGCAUUGUACCCGGUAGCUGUAGUUUUGAGGAUAUGCUCUCUGCUGUAGCCGACUUCAAAGCACCUGUGUUUGAGCCUGGAGGAUCCAUGCAGCAGGGCAUGUACACACCCAAAGCUGAAGUGUGGGAGAAAGAGUUUGACCCCAUCAUGGUCGUUCUCAGAACAGUCUAUCGCCGUGAUGUCCAGUCCGCAAUGGACAGAUAUGCAGCAUUUUUGAAACAGUUUGGCAUUCACACUGGCAACCCCUGGCCACCAUACAAGGAGAGGACUCCUCUGCACCCAUGUUACAAAGGUCUAAUAAGGCUGUUGCACUGCAAGACGCUGCACAUUGUGAUAUUCACUCUACUUUACAAGAUCUGGAUGGAUCAUCAGAACAUGUCUGAACACGUGCUGUGCAUGGUGCUGUACCUGAUUGAACUGGGUUUGGACAACCAGAUUCAAGACAACAAGGAGGAUGAGGAGCCUUGCAUUGAGGAGCACUGUCACGACAGCUGGUUCCCAGGCACCAAUCUCCUCUCCAAUCUGCACCAUGUCAUCAACUUUGUCAGGGUGCGGGUUCCUGAGACCGCUCCAGAGGUAAAGAGAGAGGCACCUCCCAGCACCAGCACCGAAGCUUCUUCUUAUGGCCAGAACUCCAGGCGUCUUUCAGGAAAUUGGAGAGAGAACCUUCGCGAAGCUCAGGUGUUCAGUCUCGUGGCAGAACGUAGGAGGAAAUUCCAAGAGAUAAUCAACCGCAGCACCACCGAAGCCACGCAGGCUGUCAGGCCCAAGAGCUCCUCGACACGCUGGGUUCCGCCAGGCACGCCCCCGCAGCUGGUCACAGAGAUCCUGGAGAUCCGUGAAAGCAUGCUGUCCCUCCUCAUCAAGCUCCACCAAAAGAUGUCGUCUAAGCAGAACUCUCUUUCGGCAUCUUGGCUAGAGGACAUCGAGUCGAACCGCCUCGCUCACGGAGACGGCAUAACAGCCAUUGAACGUAUCCUCACCAAGGCAGCCGCGCGCAGCUGCCAAAUCAAGCGUAGCAUCCAGGACAUUUGUGGAAAGGUGUGUCCACCAGUACCACCAAAGAAGAACAGUCCCACUGACAAGAAAGCCAUGGACAAAGAAGAAAGGCGUCAAAGGGCUAGAGAGAGACAGCAGAAACUGCUUGCUGAAUUUGCCUCCAGGCAGAAGAGUUUCAUGGAAACAGCCAUGGAUGUCGAAUCCCCUGACACUGAAGCAGCCAUGGACUUAGGAGCAUCUGAAGUGAUGGAGUCCGAGAUCCUUUAUGACUGCGUCAUCUGUGGCCAGAGUGGACCUUCCACUGAGGACCGACCCACUGGCCUAGUAGUUCUCCUCCAAGCCUCUUCAGUGCUCGGGCACCGCUGCAAAAGCACGGAGCCUAAAAAUCUGCCGACGAGCGACGAGGAACACGUUUACCCAGCAGACACGUGCGGCGCGGCUAAUGAUGUCAGGCUCACACUCAUGCAACAGUUCUUCAAAGAUAGUUCCUGUCUGCAGUCAGUGUCAAUAGGUUGGGAUGGUGGCGUCUAUGUCCAGACCUGUGGACACACUUUGCAUAUAGAUUGCCAUAAGUCUUACAUGGAGUCUCUGAGGAAUGACCAGGUCCUCCAGGGUUUCUCUGUUGACAAGGGCGAGUUUACAUGCCCGCUGUGUCGACAGUUUGCCAAUAGUGUCCUCCCCUGUCGCCCUGGGAGGGGCACUGAAGCCGGUACCUGGCACACACCCACAAACAAGAAGACGUCUGUGCUCGUAAAAGAGGUGGAAGAACUUCAGGAGAAACCUGGCCUGUUCCCAACGGAGUCUAAUUUGAGUAAAGAGAUGGAGUUAGUAAUCAAAGACAUCAAGAACACCACCCAGAAGAAGUACAUGGACUAUGGCAGGAACCCUGGCUCCCCUGACAAUGAUUUCCUCUUCAUGUAUUCAGUGGCAAGGACAAACCUGGAGUUGGAACUUGUGCAUCGAGGAGGAAACUUGUGUUCUGGAGGAGCCAGUGCAGCUGCCAAACGCUCAUGUCUCAAUCAGCUGUUUCACGUGUUGGCCAUGCACAUGCGUCUGUACAGCAUCGAUUCAGCCUACAACCCCUGGACGAAGUUGACUCAGAUUGUACAAAUUAAAGAGGCAGAUUCCUUUGAUGAAGAGAGGCCUGAGGUACCCAUGCUGUUUCGAGACGUCCCGUCGCUCCUGAUUAUCUUUGUGUUAACAAUGCCCCAGCCUCUGCGUAAAGAGCACUUUACCUGCGUGGUGAAGAUGUUGUACAACCUGCAGUUCACUCAGGCUCUGGCUGCACUGUCAACAAAGUUCAGCUCAGAGGAAAGGCAGGCCUGGAGCACAUCUGGAGCACUCAAGAAGAGCGCUGCAAAUUCUGAUAAGUCUUUUGAAGCACUGCUCAGUCAUGUUAUCAGUGAGCUCUCGAAGGACAAGAGUGUCUACAAGGUGAACUCUGAAGAAGCAACAAUGCUGAGCUCCAGUGUGUGGUCCCCGCAGUCUAUCGAGUUCAGCCUGCAGCAGUUCUGCCUGCCCUUCCUGCGCCUCUCCUGCCUUUUGCAGCAUCACCUGUAUGGAGACAACCUAACCGGCUGCUUGGAGGAAGAGGAGUUUGCAUCCUUGGCUGUAUGUUUAGGGCUUUUACCCUCCGCCCCUCAGCCUGCCAACACCGUGCAAAGUGCCUCGUGUCUGGAGUGGCCAGUCAACACCUUUGACUUGGUGACGCAGUGGGGCGCUGAGGUCAAAGGGCUCUCUCAGAUACAUGCUGACGAGUCACUGACCUUGCUGGUCCACGAUCCUCAGUGGGCAGCGCCCCGUCUCCUGCAGCUGCCUGACAACUACAAUAUCAUCUUCCAGUACUAUCACAGAAAGGCCUGCUCUGCCUGCAAAAAGGUGCCAAAAGACCCCGCGCUCUGCCUUGUUUGCGGCGCUUUCGUCUGUCUCAAAGGCGUGUGCUGCAAGCAGCAGGGUAUCUGUGAAUGCGUUUUGCACUCCCAACAUUGUGGUGCUGCGACAGGCAUCUUUCUACUGAUAAAUGCUUCAGUCAUCAUCAUCAUCCGUGGACAUCGUUUCUGUCUGUGGGGCUCUGUUUACCUUGAUGCACACGGAGAGGAAGAUCGGGAUUUACGUCGUGGCAAGCCUCUCUACUUAUGUGAGGAGCGGUAUCGAGUGUUGGAGCAACAGUGGGUUUCACACACCUUUGAUCACAUCAACAAGCGUUGGGGGCCUCAUUAUAAUGGACUCUAAGAUCUUCCAAAGUCCACUGAAAAACCACAUCCCAUGAUGGAGAAGAUUUUUUUUUUUAGUUUUGUUUUUUUUAGGGAUUUUUUUUCCUUCUGGCUUAUGUGUCUGCCUUGAUCAAAAUAUUUGGAAACUCUUGCUGUGAUAAACACAAACAUCCAGCGAGGGCUAUUUCUGCCACAGCCUUGGUUUAUGUGAAGUUUGGUGUACAGUCAUGCCUAAAGAUUUAACACGUGUGUGUGUUCAAGUGAUUUAUUGUGUGGUUUUUCUACAGGGAAA